CGGAUUCUGUUAAUUUUGAAGAUAAGAAAAGGGAAGCUGUUGAAAAUGUUGAAGAUAGAGCAAGAGCUUCCAUUAAUGGGUUGAAAAAGACUUCUGUUGUUACGGAAAGAGAGAUUAAAGAUGCAAAAAGAGAAGCUGUUGAAAAUGUUGAAGAUAAAGCAAGAAUUUCUAUUAACAGAGCGGGAAGGGGACAAUAA